AUGUCGGCUUCUUCACCUACCUCUGGCAGUGAACAUUGUCGUGCAUGUGUGAGCGUUGAAGAGUUGAUGGAACGUGCUCGAAAAUUAGCCGGAAAAGUGUCCGCAGAGAAUGGUGCACGACAAUCAUUAACUAUUCAGGCUUCAUCAGGAUCAGUUAAAACGAAACCAGUGAGGAGCGACUGUCCUCUUACUACUGAAAAAUUAGGAAAUUCAACUUGGAAUCUGCUUCAUACAAUAGCAGCAUAUUAUCCCCUUAAGCCAACACCAGAACAAAAAAAGAAUGCAAUUGUGCUAAUGGAUCUCUUAGGAAAGGCGUAUCCAUGCUCGCAUUGUGCGGAAGAUUUACGCCGAGAUUUGGCAAAACAUCCUCCAGAUGUUGAAGACCGUGAAAGUUUUUCAUUGUGGAUGUGUGGAUUACAUAACAGAGUUAAUAAGAAACUUGGUAAACCUGAAUAUGACUGUACUCAAUGGAAGGAACGAUGGUUAAAUGGUUGGAAGGAUGGCUCUUGUGAAUAUUAA